AUGAAACGAAAACACGAUAGCACUACCGCAGAUUUUACUGAAAAUUUAUGCAAGAAGGAGAAAUUAUCUUCACUCACCAACGAUGAACUUGUAGAUCUAAUUUCCCAUCUCAAACACGAAUAUUCGACCCGAAUGCUUUACAAGUUGAAUAAUUUACCAGAUGAAAUGAUUGGCAUGAUACUAUCCUUCUUGGAUCGUUUUGAAAUUUUGUCUCUCGGAAAUUUGUUAUUCUUUAAAAAGUGGUCGAAAUUUAUUUUUCAUCAUGAUGAGUAUUGGCGUGCAUUGUUUGGAGAGUUGUUUCCACAAGUUGUUUAUGAUUUCAAUUUACAUAAUGCAUAUUUAUUGGGAAGAAUUAGAGAUUUUGAGAAAUAUUGUGGAAUUAAGCCAGUGAUGAUUGAAGUUGGCACUGGAGGAGGAAGUGAAAUUGAUAUUUCUAGACAAGAGUAUGAGUUGAGUUUUAAAAAACAGAUUUACUACAUUGAAUGGCCAAUUGAAAUUCCAAUUAAAGUGAAAUCCUAUGAAGGAUAUAAUGCACAAGAAUGUGAAACGGUUACAGAUGCUCCAACAGAAGUUAUUGGAGUUUAUUAUUCGAUGGACAAACCAACAAAGUUUUACUUUUCAAUCAAGAGUGAAUAUGAGUCAAAACGCGGAGAGAGUGAAUAUGUUGAUAGUACAUUAAUAGAUGUGUAUUGGAUAACAUCUAAGGGUGAUAUAAUUGAUGAAAUAGUUUCAACCAACAGUGCCAAUAUUGAUGCAGUAACAAAACUACUCAACAGUACCUUAUUGGAAGCUGAUAAAACACCAGGAGAAUGGAUUGAGAAAUUUAUUGAAAAACUUGGGGUUGAUAAUUGGAUAUCAAAUUCGUUCAAACUUUGUUCAUCCGAUAAUAAUGAAGAAGAAGAAGAAGAAGAGGAUGAUGAGAAUGAAGAUUAA